UUACCCUGGUGUGACUUUUUGAUAACUGUGUAAAUCUCUCUAGGACAAGGUGACUUUUAUCAAUAUAUUCGCUGGUAUUUAACACCCCCCCAAUGAAAGACUAAUUAGCUGCUAAUGCGGCUAUCACAAAGAGCUACAAAUGCCAUGAUGAUCUGGAAGAGGCUGCCGAAUCGAGGCAAAGGUAAGAAUCUCUGUAUUAACUAACUAAAUGUAGUAGUGAAUAAAUUGGCUACAUUUCUUUAAAUGGACAAUUGUGUAAACUUUCUUGUGCAAGUUUAUAUGGACACAAUACCUGUUAACAAACGUGUCAGCUUGAAAUGACUUACAGGAACUUGCAGGGAUUUGUAGUUUUGGAUGUCUACUUUGAUGCUAAUCAAUAAAUAUAUUGAUGAAAGUCACCUUGUCCGAUAGAGACUUAUAUGGUUAUAAAAACGUCAUGCCAGGGUAAGCCUACAUGAAACACAGCCCUUAUUUUAAAUGUUUCUAAAAUUCCCUAUGGAAAAAUGAAUGGUGGAAAAAAAAAUUGGAACCAUUUCCUUGUUUGACUGCUAGGUUUUAUGGGUGUUAUCAUACCUCCACUGUGGGGAUCUACGAGACAUACAAUGUUAGUCAUUGGAUGAAGACAUCUACUAUAGGGGGGAGUUUUGUUGAGAUCCCUGAAGCUCUGUAUGAAUAUUAACAUGUAUCACUUGCAGUGCAGUUUAUCUUACAUAUCAGCAUUAAAGAAAAUAAGGUUAAAUUGAUACACACCUUGAUAGGGUAAGUGUUUCAAAACAGCCAUAUCUCCAUGUUACAGUGCUUGUUUAUGGAAAACAGACGACCACCUGUGCUAAUUACUUAACAAGCUUGCUCUGAACACCUGUGUGUAAGUGUAACUUGGGAAGUGUAGUUUCCUUAGAUGGAGGCACCCAUAGUUGAAUGGGUCUGUGCAAAAACUGCUACAGUAAGGGUAUCUUUUUUAUUUUAAUGAUUAUUUCUUCGGAUGAAAGAUAUGGGCCAUAUGUUUCAAAAGCUGCAUCGCAAGCGAUGAUUAUUUAUGAUUCUAGACGUUAAAACACAGCGUCGGGCGACGCUAACAGCUGAGACCUGUAGCGAGAAAGCAGAAUGCCGCAUAGGGUUUUCAAGAAAUACAGGGUAAGUUAAGCCGCCUACACAGUUCUGUACUGAAUGAAAUAUUACCACUACCUUUUUAAAACCAUGUCUAUCUUUAUUUCCCAAACACUAUAAUAUUUUUUUUGUCUUCAUCAUUUUAAGCAUCUUUUAACACCAGUGUGACAGGUUUAACACCUAACAAAACACCUUUAAAAAAAACAACACUUUUAACAUAGGCCAGGCCCUGAUGUUACCUCAUAUCCCAGCCAUAAUGCCUUGUGUUACCCCUGGGAAGAAAACACUUCAAUUUGUUCAGUUUGCCAUUGGCUCAACUUACCCAAAGGCAAGCCCUUGGACUAUAUUAGCCCAAACAGCUAUAAGGAUGUGCUUUCAUGCUAGGUUUAGGGCCUCAUAUUGAAGCUAAUAGAGACUGAGGAAAUGAUGACCUCUUCCUAAAUAUUUGGUCAAAUUAUUAAUUUUGUUUAUGGUUUCCUAAAUUUACCCUUUAGGCUCAAUUUACCCCACUCUCCCCUACAGGGCAUACAGAAAGAGAGUAUACAAGAGAGAGAGAGAGAGAGAGAGAGACUGUAAGUGAGUAUUGAAGAGGCUUUUUAGGUCCAAUCCCUCAGUAAUUGUCACAAGCAGUCAUCUGCAGAUGAUGUUCCUGAGAGCGUCCCUAGCAACCCAGUUACCCUCCGCUCAGUCAAUGGGUUCAGAGCAGCACAGAGUUUAGUUUAGCUAACCUGCCUACACAAAGCUGUUAGAGACUGGUAACACACACUCCCCUCACCAUGGCGAUACUGGGAAGGGAAAGUGUGUCAUCUCGCCACCCCCAACCGUUCCCUCCGCCCCCUCUAUCACUCCACUCUCAUUCCCUCUCUCCUCCCUCCACUCCACCUAGUUGCCCCCUCCUGCUUUAAUUCCUCCAAUCCUCUUUGUAGGACUGACGUCUGCUACAGUCACAAACAGAGCUAAGACAAGACAAGAGAGGAGAGUGGAGGAAAAAGAGUCUGGUAGUCUCAGAAACAAACUGCUCUCUGUCUCUCACACUUCCACUAGCUCAGCUCCCAGGGCUCUCCAAUACUCAGGGGUGGUGCUUUACCCUCACAGCAUCCUCUCCUCGCUCCUUGUUGGGGCUCACCUCACUGCCUGAGGCCGGGGAACAUCCAGGGGACAUCUAGGUGACACUCACUCAGCCUCACCCAGGACCUGGGACUUCAGCUCCAGCUCGGCUCUCUAAAACCGGCUCCUCCUCAAAGGCCUUCUGAGCCUGCAACGUGACCCACCCUUCUUCUGUCUGACUGAGAGAGAGCGAGGGAACUGUCAUUCUAUCUCAGGAACAUCAGGGUUUCCAAUCUCAGGCCUCAACUCCCAUGCACUGUAUCUGCAGAGAAGCUAGAAGACAGGAGAAUACCCUAAAGACAGAGGCCGGAUGAUUUCAAUUUGUCCUACUGAUAUCGUCAUAAGAGAUAAGACACAGCAGUGAGAGUGUGUGUCUGUAUUUCUUAUAACGAGUGUGACACAGACCACUCUCUGUCAGCUGUGUGUUAGAGAAAGAACACACACUGGGGAAGACUUUUUUCUUGUGGCAUUUGAUGUGCAGAUGUGUGUGUGUGUGUGUGUGUGUGUGACAUGUCAGGUGUGUGACUCAUUGUAGUUGUCAGGCAUUGAAUGUGCAUUUGAGACGUGAGUGUGGCCUUAAGUGUGUGAGAGGCUUCGGUUUCCUCUGGAUUUCUCUGGGAUGGAGGGUCAAGGCUACGACCGGUUUGGCGAAGGUGAGCGUGACACCUACCAGAUCGACUACCGCCGUAUUGUUGGUGAUACCGAGCCCGCUAGGCCGCGUCUCUUGCCCCUCGAAGGGGAACACACACACGCCAACACCCAUGGAGCCUACACACACACCAACCCUCACGGCCACGAGACGGCCGCGCAGAGAUACAGCGCCACACGCAUCCAAGCCGGAUAUGAACCUGAGAGCAUGGCUGACUAUCUGAUCAGUGGAGGGACAGGGUACGUGCCUGAAGAUGGACUCACGGCUCAGCAGCUCUUCUCUAUCGGGGACGGACUCACAUACAAUGAUUUCCUGAUUCUUCCUGGUUUCAUAGACUUUAACUCUGAUGACGUGGACCUGACUUCAGCUCUGACCAGGAAGAUCACCCUGAAGACUCCUCUAAUCUCGUCUCCCAUGGAUACAGUCACUGAGUCCUCCAUGGCCAUCGCUAUGGCUCUCAUGGGCGGGAUCGGGAUCAUGCACCAUAACUGUACUCCAGAGUUCCAAGCCAACGAGGUCCGCUUGGUCAAGAAAUUUGAGCAGGGUUUCAUCACAGACCCGGUGGUAAUGAGUCCUCACCACACGGUGGGAGACGUGUUCGAAGCCAAGGUCCGCCACGGCUUCUCUGGCAUCCCCGUCACAGAGACGGGAAAGAUGGGAAGCAAGCUGGUGGGUAUCGUCACCUCCCGAGACAUCGACUUCCUUUCCGAGAAAGACCAUGACAAACCCCUGGAAGAGGCCAUGACAAAGAGGGAAGAUUUAGUGGUUGCACCAGCUGGUGUAACACUGAAAGAAGCCAACGAUAUCCUGCAGCGCAGCAAGAAAGGUAAGCUGCCCAUAGUGAAUGACAGUGAUGAGCUGGUGGCCAUCAUAGCGAGGACAGACCUGAAGAAGAACAGAGACUACCCUCUGGCCUCUAAAGACUCCAGGAAGCAGCUGUUGUGUGGAGCUGCCAUUGGAACCAGAGAGGAGGACAAGUACAGACUGGACCUGCUGAUGCAGGCUGGUGUCGACAUGGUGGUGCUGGACUCCUCCCAGGGGAACUCUGUCUAUCAGAUCAACAUGAUCAACUACAUCAAACAGAAAUACCCUGAACUACAGGUGGUGGGAGGAAACGUGGUGACUGCAGCACAGGCUAAGAAUCUCAUAGAUGCGGGUGUGGAUGCUCUGAGGGUGGGGAUGGGCUGUGGCUCCAUCUGCAUCACCCAGGAAGUGAUGGCAUGUGGGCGUCCCCAGGGUACAUCAGUGUACAAGGUGGCAGAGUAUGCCAGGCGUUUCGGUGUGCCUGUCAUCGCAGAUGGAGGCAUCCAGACCGUUGGACACGUGGUCAAAGCUCUCGCUCUCGGGGCAUCCACAGUGAUGAUGGGGUCAUUGCUCGCGGCUACCACGGAGGCCCCGGGGGAGUAUUUCUUCUCGGACGGCGUGCGACUAAAGAAGUAUCGCGGGAUGGGCUCCCUUGACGCCAUGGAGAAGAACAGCAGCAGCCAGAAACGCUACUUCAGUGAGGGGGACAAGGUGAAGGUGGCUCAGGGUGUGUCAGGGUCGGUCCAGGAUAAAGGCUCCAUCCAUAAAUUUGCCCCCUAUCUCAUUGCUGGCAUACAACAUGGCUGCCAAGACAUCGGAGCCAAGAGCCUCUGCAUACUGCGGUCCAUGAUGUACUCUGGGGAGCUGAAGUUUGAGAAGAGGACCAUGUCAGCUCAGGUUGAGGGGGGAGUACACGGGCUGCACUCUUAUGAGAAGCGGCUAUACUGAGGGAGGAGCGAGAAGAAGCACACGAGCAGCUCCCAGCGUACCCCCACCAGCAGCCACCAGGCACAACAGAUACAUGUGACCUACCUAUGUGACCUACCUACAACCACUACUCAAUUCAACCAUCACAUAACCUUUUGGCUAUACAUAAGACCGCUGACUCCUCUCUUCUCCUCCCACCCACUAUCUCUCUCUUUCUCUGUGUUGUGGAAGAUGCUUUUGAGGGACCAUAAAGUCACCUCUGACUUGAUUGAUGUUACGACAUAAUCUAUGGUCACAUGUACCUGUGUCAUGGCACAGAGCCAUCAGGCUGUAUAAGGUAUGUAGCACAUGUAGAACUGUGAAUACUGUGAACUACUUUACAUACCCUGGAACUCUUUAUACCAGUUUUGGUUGAUCAUGGUCCUAUGUCUCAGAUGUAUUUGAAUGUACAGUAGUGUUGAUGACCAUGUGGAAUAGCCUAGAGGUCUGUUAGUGUUGCUCUACUGUAGAGGACCAAAGCCACAGUAGGCGUUAGCCUUCAAUCAGGGAUAACCACAGCGCCUUAAGACUACACAUGGAGUCUAUACUGUGGAUAGUGCUGGAAUCUGUUUGUUUUUCAUUGGAUUCUCAUCAGUUUGAAGAAAAAAAAAGAAAGAGAACCACCAUUUUUUUUUCGUGUUAAGUUCACUAAGAUUUGGGAUGUGUUUUCAUUCAUGUUAUGUGUGUUUUCUGAUGACAGGGUGAUUGUACAGUGACUUUGGCCUAGUCUGUGGUGUUAAUAAUAUGAUACGAUGGAUUUGAGUGCAUUCGGAAAGUAUUCAGACCCCUUCACUUUCUCCACAUUACGUUGCGUUACAGCCUUAUUCUAAAAUUGAUUAAAUUGUUUUUUCUCCCUCAUCAAUCUACAUGCAAUAGCCCAUAAUGACAAAGCAAAAACAUUUUUUUGUGUGCAAAUGUACAUACAGUUGAAGUUGGAAGUUUACAUGCACCUUAGCCAAAUACAUUUAAACUCAGUUUUUCACAAUUCCUGAUAUUUAAUCCUAGUAAAAAUUCCCUGUCUUAGGUCAGUUAGGAUCACCACCUCAUUUUAAGUAAGUGAAAUGUCAGAAUGAUAGUAGAGUGAUUUAUUUCAGAUUUUAUUUCUUUCAUCACAUUCCCAGUGGGUCAGAAGUUUACAUACUAAUUGAGUGUAUUUGGUAGCAUUACCUUUAAAUUGUUUAACUUGGGUCAAAUGUUUCGGGUAGCUUUCCACAAGCUUCCCCCAAUAAGUUGGGUGAAUUUUGGCCCAUUCCUCCUGAAAGAGCUGGUGUAACUGAGUCAGGUUUGUAGGCCUAAUUGCUCGCACACACUUUUUCAGUUCUGCCCACAAAUUUUCUAUAGGAUUGAGGUCGGGGAUUUGUGAUGGCCACUCCGAUACCUUGACUUUGUUGUCCUUAAGCCAUUUUGUCACAACUUUGGAAGUAUGCUUGGGGUCAUUGUCCAUUUGUAAGACCCAUUUGUGAUCACGCUUUAACUUCCUGACUGAUGUCUUGAGAUGAUGCUUCAAUAUAUCCACAAUUUUCCUCACUCAUGAUGCCAUCUAUUUUGUGAAGUGCACCAGUCCCUCCUGCAACAAAGCACCCCCACAACAUGAGGCUGCCACCCCCGUUCUUCGCGGUUGGGAGGGUGUUCUUUGGCUUUCAAGCCUCCCCCUUUUUCCUCCAAACAUAACGAUGGUCAUUAUGACCAAACAGUUCUAUUUUUGUUUCAUCAGACCAGAGGAUAUUUCUCCAAAAAGUACGAUCUUUGUCCCCAUGUGCAGUUGCAAACCGUAUUCUGUUUUUUUUUUAUGGCGGUUUUGGAGCAGUGGCUUCUUCUUUGCUGAGCUGCCUUUCAGGGUAUGUCAAUAUAGGACUUGUUUUACUGUGGAUAUAUAUACUUUUGUACCUGUUUCCUCCAGCAUCUUCACAAGGUCCUUUGCUGUUGUUCUGGAAUUGAUUUGCACUUUUCGCACCAAAGUACGUUCAUCUCUAGGAGACGUUUCUGUCAUGAGUGGUAUGACGGCUGCGUGGUCGUAUAGUGUUUAUACUUGUGUACUAUUAUUUGUACAGAUGAACGUGGUACCUUCAGGCAUUUGGGGAAAAUAAUUCUGAGGUCUUGGCUGAUUUCUUUUGAUUUUCCCAUGAUGUCAAGCAAAAAGGCACUGAGUUUGAAGAUAUGCCUUGAAAUACAUCCACAGGUACACCUCCAAUUGACUCAAAUGAUGUCAAUUAGCUUAUCAGAAGCUUCUAAAGCCAUGACAUCAUUUUCUGGAAUUUUCCAAGCUGUUUAAAGGCACAGUCAACUUAGUGUAUGUAAACUUCUGACCCACUGGAAUUGUGAUACAGUGAAAUAGUCUGUCUGGUAACAAUUGUUGGAACACUUGGUGUCAUGCACAAAGUAGAUGUUCUAACUGAAUUGCCAAAACUAUAGUUUGUUAACAAGAAAUUUUGUGGAGUGGUUGAAAAAAUGAGUUUUAAUGACUCCAACCUAAGUAUAUGUAAACAUCCGACUUCAACUGUAUAUAAAAAACAUUAUACCUUUACAUAAGUAUUCAGACCCUUUACUCAGUACUUUGAAGCCCCUAUGGCAGCGAUUUCAGCCUUGUCUUUUGCAUGACGCUACAUGCUUGGCACAUCUGUAUUUGGGGGUUUUUCUCAUUCUUCUUUCACUCUCAAGCUCUGUCAGGUUGGAUGGGGAGCGUCGCUGCACAGCUAUUUUCAGAUCUAUCCAGAGAUUUUAGAUUUGGUUCAAGUCCGGGCUCUGGCUGGGCCACUUCUGCGUUGUCUUGGCUGUGCGCUUAGGGUCAUUGUCCUGUUGGAAGGUGAACCUUCACCCCAGUCUGAGGUCCUGAGUGCUCUGGAACAGGUUUUCAUCAAGCAUCUCUCUGUACAUUGCUUGGUUCAUCUUUCCCUUGAUUCUGACUAGUCUCCCAGUCUCUGCCGCUGAAAAACAUCCCCACAGCAUUGUGCUACCACCGUAGGGAUGGUGCCAGGUUUCCUCCAGACAUGCAGCUUGGCAUUCAGGCCAAAUAGUUCAAUCUUGGUUUCAUCAGACAAUAGAAUCUUGUUUGUCAUGGUCUGAGAGUCCUUUAGGUACCUUUUUGGCAAACUCGCUGAGGAGUGUCUUCCGUCUGGAAGCCACUCUACCAUAAAGGCCUGAUAACUAAAGGUAAAGUACAUUUUAAAAAUGGAUGGAGUGCUGCAGAGAUGGUUGUCUUUCUGGAAGGUUCUCCCAACUCCACAGAUUAACUCUGGAGCUCGGAGUCUACUGUGUUCUUGGGGACCUUCAAUGCUGCAGAAUUUUUGUUGGGUAGCCUUCCCCAGAUCUGUGCCUCGACACAAUCGUGUCUCAAAGCUAUAUGAACAAUUAUUUUGACCUCAUUGCUUUGACAUGCACUGUCAACUGUGGGACCUUUUAUAUUGAUAUGUGUGUGGCUUUCCAAAUCAUGUCCAAUCAGUGGUGGAAAAAGUGCCCAACUUUCAUAAUUGAUUAAAAGUAAAGAUACCCUUUUAAAAGAAAAUGACUCAAGUGAAAGUCACCCAGUAGAAUACUACAUGAGUAAAAGUCUAAAAGUAUUUGGUUUGAAAUGUACUUAAGUAUCAAAAGUAUAAAUCAUUAAACAUGUCUUAUAUUAAGCAAACUAGACGACACGAUUUUCCUGUUUUUUAUUUAAUUUAAAUUAACGGAUUGCCAGGAGCACAGUUCAACACUCAGACAUGAUUACAAAUAAAGCAUUUGUGUUAAGUGAGCAGAGGCAGUAGGGAUGACCAGGGAUGGUCUCUUGAUAAGUGCGUGAAUUAAGACACUUUUCCUGUCCUGCUAAACAUUCAAAAUGUAUGGGGUUCUUUUGGGUGUCAGAGAAAAUGUAUGGAGUAAAAAGUACAUUUUCUUUAAGAAUGUAGUGGAGUAAAAGUUGUCAAAAAUAUAAAUAGUCAAGUACAGCUAUCCCAAAAAACUACUUAAGUAGUACUUUUAAAGAUUUUUACUUAAGUACUUUACACCACUGCAAUCAUUUGAAUUUACCACAGGUGGACUCCAAGUUGUAGAAACAUCUCAAGGAUGAUCAAUAGAAAUAGGAUGCACCUGCGCUCAAUUUGGAGUCUCAUAGUAAAUGGUUUAAAUACUUAUAAAAAUAAGGCAUUUCUCUUUAUUUAAAAAAAUACAUUUAGAAAUUUUGCAAAGACCUAUUUUCACUGUCAUUAUGGGGUAUUGUGUAGAUUUGAGGGGAAAAAAUGAAUGUAAUACAUUUUAGAUUAAGGUUGUAACAUAACAAUAUUUGGAAAAAGUCAAAUGGGCUGAAUACUUUCCGAAUGGACUGUACACGUUGGCCACAAUAUAAUACUGUAUACCUAGUCAUAUAUGAUACUGAUGUCUGGUUUCCCAGACACAGGUUAAGCCUAGUCCUGGACUAAAAAGCAUGCUCAAUGGAGAAUCUGUGUUUGGGAAACCAACCUUUUAAAUAUCUUGUUUACCAGGGUGAAUGUACUGCUAAUACCCUGUGGCAGUGAGUGAAGAAAUUAGUUUUUUACUGAUGAAUAGUUUUACUGAUGACACAGAUGAUUUAAUUUCCUCAAUUUCCUUCCUGUAGAAGACGUGCAGCUAGUUUGUAACAGUAUAACUGUCAGUUAAAUUAGUGACCCAUCCGCAAUGACAGAACUUCUCCCAGUUUGUUGUGUUUAAUCUUUGUGUGAAGUGAACAUUAAGUGAUGAAAGUUGCACAAAAGUUGUUUUUGAUUUCUCCAGAGGAUAUACUACAAAUCAGGAUCAAAGCCAGAAAUAAUGGCUGAAUUUCUUGUUCAUUAAGAACUAAACUUUUUAGAUAUGUUUUUGAGUCAAUUAUACCAUGUCAAUUUGUAAAACAUGUAACUAAAUGUUCUGAAAUAACUUACUUAAGUUAGCUGGCUAACUCUUUGAUCAUGCUUUUUAUUUUACACCUCUGUUGAUUUCAACCUCAUACUUUAAUUCCUUAAUGCUGUACCAUGCUAUUGCAUGAACCAGAAUAAAGAAGUUAACUUAAAUAUAA